CGUGUGCAGUACAUUAUGGGGUAGGAGAAGCGGUAGCAGGAGGAGUAGGUUGGUCGUUGGCCCGAUGCCCCCGGCUUUAAUGCGGAAUUCUGCACCAAGGAAACCCAAAACAAAGCCAGCAACCGCAGCUCAAGCAAACCAAAUCCUUCGCCGUCUUCUUUAGCAGUUAGCUACGCCGCAGCGGCAGCCUGCCCUGUUUGCCUUGGAUGAGGGACUAGCUAAGUUUCAGUGGGAGAUGCGGGGUACGGCGACGGCGCUGCUGCUCCUGCCGUGGCUGCUUCUGCAUGCGGCAGCCGCGGGCGGCGGGGGCAGCGGGUGCUACGCGCGGAGCUGCGGGGGCAUGACGGUGCAGUACCCGUUCGGCUUCUCCUCCGGCUGCGAGAUACCGCUCGGGUGCGACCACACGGACGGCACCGCGUGGGUCGGGCCGCGCGAGCUGGGCCUGCUCGUGCACAACAUCACGGCGAGCGCGCUCGUCAUCGCCCUGCGACCCGACUGCUCCCGCUGGCUGAACGCCUCCGUCGAGGCGCUCUUCUCGGACAACUACGCGCCCGGCUCGCUGAACGCGCUUGUCGUUAGCUCGUGCAGCCACGCCGCCGGCACCACCAACUGUACCAUCCCGCCCGGCAACUACCUCGACAGCUCGUCCCACUGCGGCGCCGCCGAGUCCAUCCUCUGCGUCCCGCCAUCACCGCCCAGCAAUGACGUCAGCGCGGUCCACCGUUUCUUGAACAGAACCGAGAUGCGGACGCUCGGCUCGGAAUGCAACGGGCUGGUGUCGGCGGUGAGCUGCUCGGACACGCCGGCACCUUCGCUGUUGCUGAGCGCGCUGCAGCUUGAGUGGUGGGUGCUCGGGCCGUGCGGCUGCUCGCCCCACGCCAACUGCACCCGGGUCACCACGCCGGCUGAGAAGGACGCGUUCCGGUGCGAGUGCCUCGAGGGGUUCGAAGGCGACGGCUUCGCCCAUGGCGCCGGUUGCCGGAGAGUUCCCAAGUGCAAUCCUUCAAAAUACCUACCAGGAAUAUGUGGCAAGACGGUCCAAAUCGCCCUUCUCAUGGCAGGAAUCAUUUUUGGUGGCAUGGUGACGGGAGUGACCUGCCUGGUGUACCACCUGCUGAAGCGCCGGUCCGCGUCGAUCCGGUCAAAGCGCAGCACGAAGCAGCUCCUGUCGGAGGCCUCCUGCGCGGUGCCCUUCUACUCGUACCGCGAGAUCGAGCGCGCCACCAGCGGCUUCUCCGAGGACCAGCGCCUGGGCACGGGCGCCUACGGCACGGUAUACGCGGGGCGGCUCAGCGACAACCGGCUCGUGGCCGUGAAGCGGAUCAAGCAGCGGGACAACGCCGGGCUGGACGGCGUCAUGAACGAGGUGAAGCUGGUGUCUUGCGUGAGCCACAGCAACCUGGUCCGCCUCCUCGGCUGCUGCAUCGAGCAGGGGCAGCAGAUCCUCGUGUAUGAGUUCAUGCCCAACGGCACGCUGGCGGAGCACCUGCAGCGGGAGCGCGGCCCCGCCGCCAUGCCGUGGACGGUCCGCCUCCGCAUCGCCGCCGAGACGGCCAAGGCCAUCGCGUACCUGCACUCGGAGGUGCACCCGCCCAUCUACCACCGCGACAUCAAGUCCAGCAACAUCCUGCUCGACUACGAGUACAACUCCAAGGUCGCCGACUUCGGGCUCUCGCGGAUGGGCAAGACGUCCCUGGACUCCUCGCACAUCUCCACAGCGCCGCAGGGGACGCCGGGGUACGUCGACCCGCAGUACCACCAGAACUUCCACCUCUCCGACAAGAGCGACGUGUACAGCUUCGGCGUCGUGCUCGUGGAGAUCAUCACCGCCAUGAAGGCCGUCGACUUCACCAGGGUGCCCAGCGAGGUCAUCCUGGCGCAGUUCGCCGUCGACAGGAUCGGCAGGGGCUGCGUCGACGACAUCGUCGACCCAUACCUGGACCCGCACAGGGACGCGUGGACGCUCUCGUCCAUCCACAAGGUGGCCGAGCUGGCGUUCCGGUGCCUGGCGUUCCACAGCGAGAUGAGGCCGUCCAUGGCCGAGGUCGCCGAUGAGCUGGAGCAGAUACAGCUCAGCGGAUGGGCGCCGUCCGCGGACAACGCGUUCAUGUCCACGACGUCGUCGUUCUGCUCCUCGGCACUGUCGACGAGCGGUACGGACAGGUCCUGCGGGACCGGCAGAAGCCGGACGGAGGCGGCAGCGGCCGCCGCGGUGAAUGCGGUGGUCGCGCAAGAGACGACGAAGGGCGCAGUGGAGUCUCCUGUGUCAGUGCAGGAGAGGUGGUUCAACGAGAGGACCUCCCCUUCCUCCAAUAGCUUGCUGGGCAAUUGCGCCCUGCACUGAACUGAAACACGCCAUUGCUCCUCCUCUAAAAGUAUCGUCAAUCUAGCUUAGACAUACAUUUAGAACGCUUAAAUUUGUUGAUCUAUUCUUGCGCAUUCUCGUUUUCUCUUUGCUCCCAUUAAUCUGGGACUAUCUGUAAAUGAAAUCUAGUCUCGCUACGCUCGGUUCUCAUGCUACUAGAGUAAAUCUAUGGCUAACCGGACUUGGGCAUGAGCGUAGGAACGCCAGCAUCUGUACAUGUGCUCAGCUCCAAGAUUGUGAUUAGUUUCUUGGCAACGAGAAUAUGAGAUGCAGUGGUUGCGCUGUA